CCAUGCAAAAUGAAAAUAAAUAAAUAAAAACAUGUCUUUUGUGUGUAACUAAUAACAAUGUAGUAUAUUCUGUCCAGAGCUGAAACUCUGGGCUUAAAUUUUACCCAAAUGCUUUGUCCAUCCCCGCGUGCGCGUGACGUUUGUAACGCGCAUCAUCACCCCGCCGGUAGCUCUUUUCUCUCGCUCUCUCUCGUGCCUGCGCUUUGUUCAUUGACUGUCUGCUGAAGAGUGUGGAUGUGAGACCGAGCAGCUUCUGUUCGUGUGAAAAAAAACUUGUUAAAACUUAACAUUUAUGGCACAUAUUAUGUCGGAGUAAAGUUUAACACGAAGUAUAAUUUAUUUGUAAAUAAAUAUUAAGUUGUCACUCAUUUAAAGGCUUUCAAAGACUCCUUAUGUCUCUCCGUGGAGGAACAGGGGAACAGGGAGGUGUGCGCGUUCGUUUCUACCUGAGAACAGGUAGUGCAACUGGGAAACUGGCUAUACAAAAGAUAUAAAAUGAAUGAAACUCUGGACCCAAACAUUACCUUCGUGGAUGACGGUAACUGGACUUUUCCAAAUGGCUCCAGUGAACUCUUCUUACGUCAGAACAACAUCACAUAUGUUGGAUAUUACUUGCAUCAGCCAUCAGUAGCAGCAAUAUUCAUAGUGUCGUACCUGCUCAUAUUUGUGGUCUGCAUGGUUGGAAAUGGAGUGGUGUGCUUCAUAGUCUUACGGAGCAGAAACAUGCGCACCGUCACCAACCUCUUCAUCCUCAACCUUGCCAUCAGUGACCUUCUUGUUGGGAUUUUUUGCAUGCCGACAACUCUUCUUGACAACAUUAUUACAGGCUGGCCAUUUGGAAGCAUGGUCUGCAAAAUGAGUGGGAUGGUCCAGGGCAUAUCCGUCUCAGCCUCCGUGUUCACCUUGGUUGCUAUAGCAGUUGACAGAUUUAGAUGUAUUGUGUACCCCUUCAAGCAAAAGUUGACGAUAUCAACAGCCACCCUUAUCAUAGUCAUCAUCUGGGUCCUGGCCGUGACAAUCAUGUGCCCCUCUGGUGUCAUGCUUCAGGUGACUAAAGAACAAACCAUCCGUGUUUUCUUGGGAGACGGCAACAGAACAAGCCCUUUUUACUGGUGCAGAGAAAACUGGCCCAACCAAGGGAUGAGGAAGAUCUACACCACAGUUCUGUUUGCCAAUAUUUACCUGGCUCCUCUAUCACUCAUCGUGAUCAUGUAUGCAAGGAUUGGGAUCACUCUGUUUAAAACGGCAAUGCCGACCAGAGCAAAACCUGGCCGCGAUAACCGUCAUUCUGUUUCAAAGAAAAAACAAAGAGUAAUCAAAAUGCUUCUCAUCGUGGCCUUGCUCUUUAUCCUAUCCUGGUUGCCACUGUGGACAUUGAUGAUGCUGACAGAUUAUGUCAGGCUUACCCAACACCAGUACAGGCUUAUUAACAUCUACAUCUACCCUUUUGCCCACUGGCUUGCCUUUUUCAACAGCAGCGUCAACCCAAUAAUUUACGGGUUCUUCAAUGAAAACUUCCGCCGUGGAUUUCAGGCCGUUUUUAAGUUUGGGCUGUGCCCUGUUGGCGGUCAACGUCGGACCUAUUCCCACAGGAUGCAAGGGAAUUCUGUGAGGCCGGUAAAUCCUCAACCUUCAACAGAGCCCAUCUCUCUUAACAGCCUGGAUAAUAGCUCACGGAGGAUAAAUCAUGUCAACGAGCAAGAUUUAGUGAUGGAGGAUUUAGAGAAAGUUUCUGAAUGCAGUUUGGAAGGAGCUUCUCUUUAAAGAGGUGAAGCUGUGCGGUGACAAUUUUUCAUAUCAAAUUACAGAAUAUGAUUUACCAACAUUUAAAAAAAAAAAAGAAAUAUUGUUAAAAUGCCAUUGUGUGACUUUUUUGCUGCUAACAUGAAUGUAUAUGUUAAUGUGUUUAAAUAAGGCUGGAUACAACCAACAAUUUAUCAAUUUGUCAAGUCUUAAAACUAUCAGUAUUUUUUUAAAAGAAGAAAAUUUAUAAAUAAAAAAUUGUAACAUAAUUGUAAAUAACUGUCAGACAGUAUAAUAAUUUAUAUAAAAAAUAUUUACUUUUAUCUAAUAUUUAUGUCUAAUAUGUUUAUUUACACAUUUACUGGUAUACCAGUAUAAAAAUCCGUUUGAAGUUUUUUGUUAUUUACGUGAAAUUAUCAGCAGCAGAACAUCUGUCGUAAUCCAGAAUUACUAAUUGUUUCUGGAUUACAAAUUGGAAUUUUAGGCUCAGUGUCCUAAUCAUACUGAUAAGAUACAGUAUGUGGCAAGAAAAAAUAUCCUACUGAUCGCUACCUUUUGUGAAUUAAAUUUGUAGGCAGAUUUGUUUUAUUUUAUUUGUUGUACAAAACACUGCUGUACAUUUUUUUUCACUUAGGAUGAACUUGCAGUGAAACUUUGACAUUGGUCAGAAUUAAUGGUAAUGACAUGUGAUCUGACUGUUUGCCAGAGCAGUAUCGUGGCAGCUUUGAAUACCACAUCAUACUGCUUGUACUUGCCUGUACUUCAGUGUCAACCUAUCCUCCAACCUUUUACGUCUUUUGUUACCCACAUUUUUCUAAUUUAGCGUCUACCGACAGCAGGUGAAAGUUCAUAAAUUGUGGUUUGAAAUUAUGAUGGCAUGUUUGGUGGGAUAUAAAAUUAACCAAUAAACUCUUUCCCCGCCAGCGUUUUUUAAGAAAGUUGCCAGCCAGUCACAACAUUUUUUUAAUGAUUUUCACAAAAGUCUCAUCCUACCUUCAUCCUACCUUUUUAUCACAUCUCAAAUAUGGGUAGGUUUCUUCAAAAACACCAAAUUUUGGAGCAAAAAGCUGAGAUAAUUAAACUUUUGUGAAGGACUUUUGAUAGAGAUCAGGGGUGCGUUCUCCGAUAACGUUGUCUCUUAGCGCGCUAGGAAGACUCUUAAGUUAAACCUUAACUACAGGUAUACCUUUCCUACGUGUGUUCUCCGAACUAUACCUUAGGAUGUUGCUUAAGGUAAACCUUCUUAAGUUCGACCUUAGUGGGUGCUGUCCAUGGUGGAGGUGCUGGAUAGGUUGAUAUCGAUUGCUCGACAAUCAAUUAUUCACUUCAUGUAAUAGGUUUCGCUGCGUUAUGAGAUAGCGGUGUUAUUUAUUAAAGAAACAUUUCAGAAAUAGAUCAAGUUACAUUUAUUAGGA